UCGUGUAAUUGGUUCUGAACUUGUACAAAAAUAUGUUGGUGAAGUAAGUAUUUUUUGUAUGAUUCUUCUUUAGAUCUUCUAUCUCUUGUAUUAUGUAGGGUGCACGUAUGGUUCGUGAACUAUUUGAAAUGGCACGUGGAAAGAAAGCGUGUAUUAUAUUUUUUGACGAAGUCGAUGCUAUUGGUGGUGCAAGAUUUGACGAUGGAGCCGGUGGAGAUAAUGAAGUUCAACGUACUAUGUUAGAAUUAAUUAAUCAAUUAGAUGGUUUUGAUCCGAGAGGAAAUAUAAAAGUAUUGAUGGCCACAAAUCGUCCAGAUACUCUUGAUCCAGCAUUAGUAAGACCUGGAAGACUGGACAGAAAAGUUGAAUUUAAUCUACCUGACCUAGAAGGUCGAACACACAUAUUUAAAAUUCAUACAAAAUCAAUGAGUGUUGAAAAAGAUAUUCGUUAUGAAUUGCUAGCAAGAUUAUGUCCGAACAGUACAGGUGCUGAAUUACGUAGUGUAUGUACUGAAGCUGGAAUGUUUGCUAUAAGAGCAAGACGAAAAAUAGCCACGGAAAAAGAUUUUCUAGAAGCAAUUAACAAAGUUAUUAAAGCUUAUGCCAAAUUUAGUUCGACACCUCGAUAUAUGACUUAUAAUUAA